AUUUGAUCUCCCCACAUGAUCGGUGACAUCCUCCCUAGUAUCAGUCAUACAACGCCUUACCUUGAAAUUGAAGCUGAGUUCUGUCUUUGCAACACUUGUGAAUAUCAUUCUAUCGUGUAUUUAUCGCCAUGAGACUCUUAGACACGACAACCUCUGGCAUCCCCGAAAUGCGGGAAUUUGUCGGUUCCGAGAUCCCGCCCUACGCCAUCCUCUCCCAUACCUGGGGGAGCGAAGAAGUUACGCUGCAGCAACUUACGGCAACCGCCGCCAAAGCAGCCGAGCUGAGAAAGAAAGCCGGAUUUCUCAAAAUCCAGAAAACAUGCGAACUCGCUCGCUCGCGAGAUGGCCUUGGCUAUGCAUGGGUCGACACCUGUUGCAUAGACAAGACGAGCAGCGCCGAGCUCACCGAGGCUAUCAACGCCAUGUACGCGUGGUACCGAAACGCCGACGUGUGCUAUGUUUAUUUGGCCGACCUCGAACCAGGCACUCGCGACGACCUGGCACAAACGCUUCGGAAUUGCCGCUGGUUUACCCGUGGCUGGACGUUGCAGGAGCUCAUUGCCCCCCUGAAGGUACACUUCUUCGACAUGGAGUGGAACUACAGGGGGGAUAAAGACAGCCUUGCCGAGUUGCUUGAGUCGAGAACGGGCAUCCCAGAACGCCUUCUCCGGAGCCAGUCGGCCCUGUCCGACUACUCAGUGGCGAGGAGGAUGUCGUGGGCUGCAAUGCGAGAGACCACGCGGCUCGAAGACAAGGCCUAUUGUCUGCUUGGAAUUUUCGACGUGAAUAUGCCCCUCAUAUACGGCGAAGGUAUGAAGGCAUUUGAUCGUCUGCAGACGUCCAUCCUUCAAACCACCAGUGAUCUGAGCAUCUUUGCCUGGACGGAUGACCGAGUUCCCUGCCCGCAGUAUGCGGGUGCAUUAGCCGAGUCUCCACGACAGUUUGCCGGCUGUGGGAACAUCAAUGUUUCGGCACAGGGCACAUCCAUCUACGGCAACUUCAUCAUCACAAAUAAAGGGAUUCAACUCGACACCUUUUUGUAUGCUUAUCCCAUGGACGAAGAGGAGGAUGGCCGUGUCACAGUCCGGACAGCGCUGAGCUUGCUCUGCACCCUUGAAGGUAGUAUGCUGCAGGUAUAUCUUCGCAAGAUUGAUGGCGGUUUAUACGCAAGGUUCAGACCAGACAUCCUUGUCGAUGGCGGUGCCGAGUCAUUGCUGAGAGAGCAAAGAGACAACGGUGAUAACCCACUUUCGCUUGAGACGAUAAUCCUAUCCAGGAGACUCCCACCCCGGUUUCCUCUUUUCAUGUCCAAUCCUGUUGUGCCGUACCGACACUCAGCUCUCUCCCUCGAAUUGGGUGCCCUUGUUCUUGACAAUACCGUUCCGGUGCCGAGGAGCCAUUGGGACGACCAUGACGGGAUCUUCUUUGCAGGUAACAGCAUAUCUAGGGCCUGGUGUGCAUUCUGGCUAUCAGGGAGAGUCAGCUGGGCACGGGGAGAAAUUAAUAUCUUGGUGGCAUGUUUUCAUUGGAAUAGAGGUCAGGCCAGAGUGAUGUUUGCUGACCUCAACCGCGUGAACCCUGUCAACCUCCUUCUUCUCUGGUUGCAGCUGGAUAAGGUUAGGUUCGAGAGCUCGUUUGAAGCCGAGGUUCUGGUUCUAACGGUAUCGCCUAUGAAACUUGAACAAGAAGGUGGAACGGCCAAACUGCUGCUCCGCCAAACUGGGAGCCGUACACCCAUCGCUGAAGCAAGCCUGAGCAUGGGACAGGAGUGGCGGCCUGCCAUCUGCAUUACACAACAGGCCACAGUGUUGCAAGUCAAUAUCACCGAACCAAGCUCCAAGGAUGUUGCGGAGCCGGUUCAAGGGGUAUAAGUGGUAUAGGUACAUACAACACGACGGGAAGUCGCAUACGGAGUAUUGUACGCAAUGUACGGUCAAC